AUGAUGAAAGAAGAACCGCAAUCGCCGGGGUUUGAGGACGACGUGAGCCUGUCCCCAGCGUCUGUGAAAGGCGAGGAGUUUGAGGACGACGACAAGUACGAGGACUCGCUGGAUUUGGAUACAACGCAGGCGCACUCAAAUGUUUGGAUGGUUCGCAUGCCAAGGUUCUUGCUGGAACAGUGGAAGGACGUUGACUAUUUCGGGGGGCGAGAGCUGGGCAAAGUCCGAAUCAAGAGACAGCAAGAUGAUAAGCAGUGGAAGGUGCGGCUCACACUGAAUGACAGCGAGCGGACACACGAUUUACCCCACGAUUACGACCUGACACUUGUGCAGCAAGUUGUCCAGAAUACCUAUGUUUUUAAGGAGCAGGAUUUACCCCAGUCGAGCGGCCGGACCGGCUCAGCAGAGGCGAACAGUUCAAAUCCCCAGGACCGGGAUGCAAAUUACGAUAAAUACCAGCCGGUGAUACGUCAUCUACCUAAACGCACAGCUCUUGUCGGGCAGGCCUGCCAUGAGUGUGUUGUUACGCCUGAUUUCAGAGACCCAAACUACUCGAAUGUCGUCAAACGCCGCAAGAUCAUGGAGCAACCGGACAGCGAGCGACAAGUUACUCUGCUCAACGAUACAGCGGGAGUUGGCGGUGUGAAAUACGGUGCAACGCUUCGCCAGCAACGCAAUGUCUGGCUCAAAGCGCAGAACAAGCGCGAUAUGCUUCGGCAGGGCGAUGGAAAGGCCAUUCGUAUUCCCAAAAGCGAGUUGUUGGACAAGUUGUUCGGCUUGUUUGAAGAAACAGAGUACUGGACUCUCAAGGGCCUUCGGGAACGUACUCGUCAGCCCGAAGCUUAUCUGAAAGAGGUGUUGGACACAAUUGCAAUUCUCAAUAAAAAAGGGCCAUACGCAACCAAGUAUGGGCUACGCAGCGACUUCAAACAGCACAAGGGCACGGGGAUCGCUAUGCAGCAAAUGCUUGAAGCUGGGGGGACACUCGAGGACCCUGAAACUAAAGAGGAGCCCAGUGAUGACGACAUGGAGACUAUUUUUUAG